CUCUUUUUUACUUUUGGAGAGAGCCAAGCCGUUAGGAGAGCAUUCAGCAUCAGCUGUUCAACACUGGUCUCUCAUUGCUGGAAGUCGAGGCUGAAUCAGUCACAUGACAGAACUGGAGGCAGAGAUCUAGAGAAAAGGCACAGCAUUCCGGCUUUGCACCGCCAUACUGUAUUUUGAGCCAUAUCACAUUUUUAUUGCAGCAUUUUACUCCCGCUCGGUGAGUACAUUUCCAGUGGCUUUUUUUGUAACCAUUUUUGUCUUUUUAAUUGCUCCCUUUUUAUUUUUCCUCCUUUUGCUGGUGUUUGAAUUGAGCAUUGACAUGGUUGUUUUGAGCGUUUUUCACAUUCAGGCUUCAAGUUUUUAGCAUGCAGUUAUUCUGAUCGAGAGUGCCAAGAGGUAAACGGGUGCGUUAUCGGUCUUGAGAAAGCUUUUACUUGCUUGCAGUUUUGUUUCGAGGGUCGAAACCAAGCAGGUUUUGUCAGUAUUGAGAUUUUUCAAACAUUUAUUGGUGGUUUUGAAACAUUUUUCUUUUUUCUUUUUUGUUGUUUCUGUCGACUUUUGCUGUUGCUAUGCUUUGGUUUGCAUUUUGCAGUGUUGUUUGUUGCCUUCGAGUUUUGUGAUUUUGAUGUCUUGGUGAAUCUCACCGAUCCAACCCGUGCUUUUACAUUGUUCCUCUUUUCUUUAUAAGAAGGAGUCCUUUUUAAAGCCCGAUGACGUUUUAACGUGAUACUUUUCUUGCAGCUGAGCUCACAGGUUUGUUGUUUUUGUGUUUCUCUCUUUUUUCAAUUUCAUUGUACUUUUGCUGGUGGCAGUGUCAAGUAUUUUUGGAUGUUAUUUUUUGACUAGAUGAUGCUGGGUGGACGAGGGGAGUUUCGAUUCUUGGGGGAGUUCAAUGCGUUUUUGUUUUCUGUAUCAACGAGGAUGAACAGACAUUUUCACUUUUGCAGGAGGGCAACUGGAGGAGAAUGACUGGUAAAACCCAGACCAGCAACGUGACCAACAAGAAUGAUCCACGUUCCCUCAACUCCAGAGUCUUUAUUGGUAACCUGAACACAGCCAUCGUCAAGAAGACUGACAUAGAAGUCAUUUUUGCCAAGUACGGCAAGAUCGUCGGUUGCUCCGUGCACAAGGGUUACGCCUUCGUACAGUACAUGAAUGAGAGAAAUGCCCGAGCAGCUGUGGCGGGGGAAAAUGCCCGUAUUAUCGCUGGGCAGCCUCUUGACAUAAACAUGGCAGGUGAGCCCAAGCCUUACAGGCCAAAGGCAGGCUCCAAACGGCCACUCUCUGCUGUUUACGGUGGUUAUGAAUUUGAUUACGAGUACUACAGAGACGAUUUCUACAGCAGGCUUUUUGACUACCAUGGCAGAGUGGCCCCCCCACCCAGAGCCGUGAUCCCCGUCAAACGCUCCAGGGUGCUUGCUCCGUCCUCCCGCCGUGGAAAGACCUCCUUCCCCAUCAAAACAUCAUCCUCUUCCUCCUCUUCAUCCUCCAGACCUCCCACAUCCUCCUCCUCCUCCGGGCUCAAACCAGUGAAGACGGACCAGCUUCAAACUAUCAAACGGGAGCUGACACAGAUCAAGAUGAAGAUUGACUCUUUGCUGGGACGCCUGGAGAAGAUUGAGAAGCAGCAGAAAGCAGAGUCUGAGGCUCAGAGAAAGUACGACAACAACUGCAACUCCAUGCAUGAGGAGUCUGUGUCAGAGACGGCAGAAAAUUCCGGGGAGGAGGCCGGGGAGGGGGCGUUGGACGUCGAGGCAGGAGAGAUGACCGAUGGAGGCGAGGAUGACUAUGAUGAGGACGGCAGCCACCAUCUGAUAGAGAACCACGUAUCAGACAUUGACAACUGAAAUCAGGGCGAGGAAGCAGACACCUAUGGUCAGUGGUAUUAGAAAACAUCAUCACCUUCAAGAGACAGAAAAGGAUCAAGACACCCAUUCUGGACCUUAAAUUGUGUUAAAGAGAGGCUGAAACUCAUUUAGAUGCUGUGCAUCCUGUGCAGCACAAACCAAAUGCAGUGUGCUCUCUAAAGAAAAUGUACAGUAUUCAAGAUCCAUUUGAAAUGCAUUAAGCUGACUACAGUGAUAUUCCAUGCAACUUAUACUUCAUUGCAAGAGACUGACUGACUAUGAUGUGUUAAUCCUCUUCCUGAAAAAAUGAUACAAAAGUGAGGAAAUAAAGAGAUUUAUUCAGGUUUAUUAAUUGAAUUAUUUUGCAAGAAAAUAAAAUGAUGCUGUUGAUCAAUUGUUGCUGCUUGUAAAAAAAAAA